AUGGCCCUGGCCAUGCCGAAGAACCUGUUCGCCUCGGUGGCCCCGACCCUGCAGGUCACCUUCCUGCGCCAGAGGGUACAACACCAGCGCGACCACGGCGCGGAGCCUGCCGCCCCGGCCCAAGGGCCCGGCCUGGCGCCCGGGGCGCUGCCGCUCCUACAGCUGCUGCGUGAGCGUGAGGCGCGCGGCGACCUUCCCCCAAACCACUGCCCCCCCCAGCGCUUCUUCGCGCUGCUGACCCUGGGCCUGCUCCUCUUCCUCACCACCACGGAGCCGGUGCGCCGCUUCCUCGCGCAGCUGGGGCGGGCGGAUCCGGCCGAGGCCGCGGCGCAUGCGGCGGCCCAGGCGGCCUGGCCAGAGGACCAGGACAUGCCGGUGCUGGGCUGA